AUGCUUGUGAACGGAACUCAGGCGAACGGCUCCACCACUGGAGAGCACGCGCUCCACAGACGUCCGUGGGUCACCACAACGCUCAGCUGCUUCCUCAUCUUCACCAUCGUGGUGGAUAUUUUGGGCAACCUGUUGGUGAUUUUCUCCGUUUACCGGAACAAGAAACUUCGGAACGCUGGGAACAUCUUCGUGGUGAGUCUGGCUGUUGCCGACCUGGUGGUUGCUCUGUACCCGUACCCCCUUGUGCUGGCGGCCAUAUUUGGGCAUGGUUGGCGCGCGGGGGCGGUCCAGUGCCAGAUCAGCGGCUUUGUGAUGGGCAUCAGUGUAGUCGGCUCUAUUUUCAACAUUGCAGGCAUUGCUGUAAACCGCUACUGCUACAUUUGCCACAGCCUGCGCUAUGAGAAGCUGUUCAGCGAACGCAACUCGGCAUGCUACGUGGCACUGAUCUGGGUGCUGAGCGUGCUGGCUGUCGUGCCCAAUGUGUUUGUAGGCUCACUCCGCUAUGAUGAUCGUGUCUACUCGUGCACAUUUGCGCAGUCAGCCAACACUGUGUAUACACUCGCAGUAAUCUCCUUCCACUUCCUGCUGCCCAUCCUGGUGGUGGCCUACUGCUACCUGCGUAUAUGGGUGUUGGUAAUCCGGGCACGGAGGCGUGCAAGGCCUGAGACACGGCCAGCUGGAGUGACGCCACAAGACGUGCGCAACUUUGUGACUAUGUUCGCUGUCUUCGUGCUUUUCGCCGUAUGCUGGGCACCACUCAACGCCAUUGGCCUUGCUGUGACUCUAGCACCCGAGCGAGCUGUUCCUGAGUGGCUCUUCGUGGCAAGCUACUUCCUGGCAUAUUUCAACAGCUGCCUCAAUGCCAUCAUCUAUGGUGCGCUCAAUCAGAACUUCCGCCGCGAGUACAAGCAUAUCGUUUUGUCCCUCUGCACGGCGACUGCGUUUGUUCCAGAAAACUCGAACGAUGCGCAGGAGAGGCUCCGGAGCAAACCGUCGCCACCCAUCACCAAUAACAACCAGGUCAAAGUGGACUCAGUGUGA